UCUUCCAGCGCAGCUCUUCUCGCCGCACCACCAACUUGUCACCAAAGAUGGCGAUUUGCUGAGUGCUCAUGGAUACACAUAUUUCUCGGCUAGUUGUUAUCUUACCCGAAACGCCAACUUUAGAAACAAAUUAACUGCAAGCGAGCAAUUAUUUCUCUGUCUGAAGCACACCUGACACAGCGUCAGUCAUCGUUACCAUGCAGAUCACGCUUAAAACACUGCAGCAGCAGACUAUUCAAAUUGAGAUAGACCCCGAACAAACGGUCAAGGCCUUGAAAGAGAAGAUAGAAGCUGAACGAGGAAAAGACAACUUUCCUGUUUCAGGGCAGAAGCUGAUAUAUGCUGGAAAAAUCUUGCAAGAUGACACACCAAUUAAGGACUACAAAAUUGAUGAGAAGAAUUUCGUUGUCGUGAUGGUGUCCAAGGCAAAGCCUACAGCUGCAGCCUCGCCACCUGUUUCAGAAGCACCAAAGCCCCCCGUACAGGACUCUGGCUCCACAUCAACACCAACCCCAGCUUCAAACCCUGCUCCCACCCCAGCUCCAGCAGCUGUCCCCAAUCCUCCCUCCGAGGAGGCCAAACCGGAGCCAAGUGCCGCAGCCACAGAACCACAACAACCAGCCAGCUCCAGUGGUGGGAAUCAGGGCCUGGAUGCCUCCUCAGCGCUGGUGACUGGAGCCGAGUAUGAGGCGAUGCUGACAGAGAUCAUGUCUAUGGGAUACGAGAGGGAGCGAGUGGUGGCAGCGCUACGGGCCAGUUUCAACAACCCCCACAGAGCUGUGGAGUACCUCCUCACUGGUAUCCCCAGCAGCCCAGUCCAGGAGAGUAAUCCACCAGCACAGGCCCCCACAUCUGGACCCACAGAGGCCCCAUCUCUAGCAGAAGGAGAAAACCCACUUGCAUUCCUGCGUACUCAGCCCCAGUUCCUGCACAUGAGACAGGCCAUCCAGCAGAACCCGGCUCUGCUACCUGCUCUGCUCCAGCAGCUCGGCAGGGAGAACCCUCAACUUCUACAGCAAAUCAGUCAGCAUCAGGAGCUGUUCAUCCAGAUGCUCAAUGAGCCGGUGGGAGAGGGGGGAGACGCCCCGGAGGUCGGCGAGAUGGGGGCGGCGGGAGAAGAAGGAGCGCCUGUCAACUACAUCCAAGUUACACCUCAGGAGAAGGAAGCCAUAGAAAGGUUAAAAGCCUUGGGUUUCCCUGAGGCCCUGGUCAUCCAGGCCUACUUCGCCUGCGAGAAGAACGAAAACCUGGCGGCCAACUUUCUCCUCAACCAGGGACUGGAAGACGACUGAACGGGAGCAGAGCGCCACCUCCCUGCUCCUCCCUCCCUACCUCCCCCCCCUCCCCCAGCUCAGCAUAAAGACUGCACCCCCACAUUUUACUGUACAGCUACCAACCUCAGCUCAACCCAACAGGAGGAGGGAACCGGGGGGAAGGGGGUGGAGGGAGAGCCGUUUGGGAGGGACAAAGAGGGGAGGGCGGGUUUAAAAGUACACAAAGUCGGGAGGCUGUGUGGAGGAAGGUCGGCGGUGUGGGGGGGUGAAAAAGUGGAAGAAUGAUAAAAUCCACGUGAAUUCCAAUGGAAUGUGUGGGGUUCGUUUAGGGAGAUCUAUCAUCUGAUUUUAGACGCGCUUUGUGAACGUUAGGGAGGACGAGGUGGGGGGUGGGGGGGAGAGCGUGUGCGUGUGUGAGUACAUGUCCGUGUAUGCCUGAGCAAAGAUGGAUGCAACACAGUUAAAAGCUGAAGAAGUAAUCGAUCCGGCGUUGUCUAAGUUCGUUCAUGCUGUAGCUCUGUUGUUGGUAAGCAGGUCAGCCGUGUGUGCGUUUAGCUACUUGCGUGUACACCUGUGUGAAGCGUGAAGAGGCGGACCGGACCGUGCUGACUUUACGUGACAUUAACGGAUCAAAACUCAAAACGGGAGCUAAAUCUGCCCUGGCUGCACAGAUCUCUGCUAAUCAGUCAUCAGUGCAAACUGCCAGUUCUGCUUCUACAGACAUGGAUCUUUUUAGAUGUUAGAAACCCGACACAAUCUCCACUAAACUCCUGGACCGGCUGAUCAUCUGUACUGAUGAUCAGCUUUUAUUUAAUAUUCUGGUAAAUUCUGGUUCCUGCUCCAAACCAAAACAUUGCUUUUCUUCUCAUCUUGUAUUUGGCCUCUGGUGCGUGAGAAUAUAAGUCAUCUAAAUCUUUCAGAGCAUCACGCUGAACAGCUUGAAUCACAGCAAUCUGGAUGGUUUUGAGCUUUACCAGCAUUAACUGGUCUGAAAAGAAGCAGAAACAGGCAGCCUCAAGCUAUUUAAAAUCAGACCAAACUGGCAGCAUCAGGGUGUUAAAGUUUAGAUUAUUUCUCCUCUGUGCAGUGGGCGGGGCUAGAAGUGUGGCGCAUGCUCCUUCUGUAAUCUGAUUGGCCAGCCAGUGAAAACAGCUUGAAAUGGUCACCCCGGUCCGGUCCAGACUGUUGGAUGCCAGUUUGAUGUGUUUGGAUGGAGAAGGCACCCGUACACAAAGCUGCAACCAAGGUGGAGCUGAUCUGAUCCACCAUCAUCAUCAACCCCAGUGUUUCUGCAUACGAGUUAAUUAUCAACCAUAAAUGAGUGCAUUAUGAAGCUGAUAACCGGCCUGGGCUUUGUUCUUCAGUUAAGUCAGAGAUAAUUUCGUCUCUGUAUCUGAUCAUGAUCCUGCAAUCAGCAAAGCUGCAUUUCUGCAGCUUUAAUUGAAAACAAAAACAUUUGCAUGCGUACGUGAAAUGAUGGGUCUAACAUGACCGACUGGGUCAUGCAGACGUGGAGAACAAGGCCCGGGUUGAUCACGGUGCCAUGAAGAGACGAUGACUGGUGAAGAUAAAGUGCAUUGUCAUUCUGUAUGUGUGAUGGCAGUUUUUGCUGCUGGUUGUCCUACAGCAUCAACAUGAUCUUAGACUAUGCUGUGCUACAUUAAAUAUCAGCAGUCUUUCAGG